UUAAGAAAGAGGGAAGACUUUUGAAACUUGUGGUUCAAAAUAAGGCUUGAAAAUUUGUGUGGCUGUAAAUCAUUCAUAAAGUGAAUUUGUUUCCAAAUUAGGAAAGAGGUCAUUUAUUUUGGCACGGACUAAAAAGGAAAUAGGUUCAAACAAAUUGAAACAGAGGGAGUAUAAAUUAGGCGUUAGUUGGAUUGCAAAGUUUACCGCAAGAGAAGAUGCCGCAGUUAGUGCAGAUUAUAAGGAAGAGGAAUGAACAUUUAGCCCAAGAUGGUGAGCUCGACAUUGAGGCCCUUGACAAGGAGACUCUAUGGGAGCUUGAUCGGUUUGUGGCCAAUUGGAAGAAGAUGGUGAGCAAAACUAAGAGGCAGGCAUUGAUCAACAAUUUGGGACCACCAUCCGCCAGUGCUGCAACUACAUCGGCAGAUGGGAGUACCAGGUUGGGGCUUCCUCCGUCUCCCGUGGCUGAUAGUCGCCUUCAGCAUUAGCAUCGAGUUUCCACGGUGAGCACGAGUCAUUCGCCGCCUUGAAGACUUCUCUUAUUAUUAUGCCUUACUUUUCUACUCUGAGACGUAGACCGAUUGAUGUAUUAUUAUAUUCCAGACUUGUAUUAUUUCAUUUAGAUGCUCUUGUAUGACUCAGACCAGACCUUGGGGGUAUUUUCCUUA